CCACAUUUCCCCCCAGAAAGCAUAGAGUGAAAUUGGAUUCGCCAAACGCUCCUGCCAAAGCCCUUCGUUCCUCCGCCACCGACCAUCGACCGCCGCCUCGGAAGCCCCAUCGGCGCCGCCGUAGACCGGCGGCUCCGUGGCAACCGCAGUCGCACUUCACGCCGCGUAGCAGCGACCGCCGCAAUCGCCGCGGCCGCGCUCCACCGUACGCAGCCACCGCAGCAUCGGCUGAGCGCUCGCGGCCGCCGCCACAGCCCCUGAGACCUGGAGAUGGAGUAUCCCCUGAAUUUGUGAGGUUGAGUCAAGAGACCCCCCACCGAUGCGGAGAUCAUUGGCAAUAUCCUCCCUGGUUGGACGUUUAACUCAAUAUGGAGUGGUUCGUGUCGAGAAACUUGGUUCCAGUUACACUACAAUGGUCCAGUCUCAUAUAUAUGGAAAUUGCACUGGUGGAGCAGAAGAGUCAUCAUUAAAGGUAGAGGGUGAUGCUCAUGCUGCCUUACAUGGUGGGCAGGAAAUAGAAAGAUCACAGAAGCCCAGGAUCGGAGAAAAUGUUUCGAGAAACGAUAGGUUCAAUUUUCUAAUUAGCACACUCUUUGAUCUGAAGGACAGCAAACAAUCAGUUUAUGGUGCUCUGGAUGCCUGGGUUGCAUGGGAACAAAAAUUUCCACUUGCUUCAAUUAGGAGGGCAUUGAUUGUUCUUGAGAAACAACACCAGUGGCAUAGGAUAGUCCAGGUAAUUAAAUGGAUGCUGAGCAAGGGACAGGGAAACACAAUGGGUACAUAUGGAAUGUUGAUCCGGGCUCUAGACAUGGAUCAUAGAGCGGAAGAAGCCCACAGAUUUUGGGUGAAGAAAAUCGGUAGUGAUCUACAUUCUGUACCAUGGAGUCUGUGCACCAGCAUGAUAGCAAUCUACUAUCGAAACAAUAUGCUGGAGCAUCUUAUAAAGCUUUUCAAAGGCCUUGAAUCUUUUGAUCGGAAGCCACCAGAGAAGUCAAUAGUUCAGAAGGUGGCAGAUGCAUACGAGGUUUCAGGCCUAGUUGAAGAGAAAACAAGAAUUUUAGAGAAAUAUGAUUGUCUUUUCACAGAAUCACCCAAAGGCUCCAUGAAACAUACCAAAUCCAGUUCAAAGAAGGGGAAGAAAUCAGGUCAGAGGAAAAAGACGGACCUGCCAUUAGAGCCUUCAAUGAAGACAGACACACACAACCAGGAUUAAAGACGAGACCAGGGUGCGGCUUUUGCUGAGCAUUUCUUGGUGUCCUUUGUCAUGUGAUAUUUAAUGGCCAAACCUUUUGAUGGUUGUGGCAUUUGGCAGCCUUCUAACAACAAGAAAAGGAAGACAUGGCGAUGGCUAGACUGUUAAAGCAGUAUCAAAUGGAUUUGGUCUUUAACACAUAAGGAAGGUAAUCAAAAAUGACAUCGAAACGAUUUUUUCUUCUAUACCAGAAAUGUGCUCGAGGCCAGUUUCAGAAAUGAAGAUGGAGAGUAUCAAUUUUGACUUAGAGAAAGUGUAUUGGUAGAACAAACGUGUUAUGUGGAUACUAUGAUCGAUUUGUCAUUUCAUAGCAUAAUUAUGCUUUUCAAUCAUAGCAUAUGAGGUGGUUAUGGGAGUGAAUGUAGUCUGAAACACAGCAAUUUUCUGGCUCCUAAGCAAUUGUUGGAUACUAAAAA